AUGCCUAAGUCCAAAAGCCCAUUUGACCAACUGGAAAAUGCUCCAUCUAGAAAAAAGUAUAUCAAAUAUUUUGAAAAAAAGCGGUGGAAAGGAGGAACGCCAAUUUCUCCUUAUGACCCCUCUGCUAAACGUUUCAAUGUCAAAACCGAAACCAUACUUAGACAUACUAAACUACCAUUACGAAAAUGGUAUUUGGCUUUAUGUUUGUUCUCGGCUAAAAAAAGCGUUUCCUCCUAUGAGUUAGCCGAAUCACUUGUUAAGUUAGGAAAUGAAGUUCAAAUAGAUGAAACACUUAUUGGUGGUUCUAACUCUAAUAGACACAAAAAUAAAAAGAUUCCUCACUGUCAAGGUCGCAGUGCGGUGGAUAAAACACUAGUGUUUGGAAUGGUAGAACAAAAUAGUUACCUGAUUACUCAAAAGGUUCCUGAUGCCAAAAUGAAAACUCUAGUGCCAAUAAUUAGGGAUAAUGUUGAAAGAGUUAACCAUGGAAAGGGUGAAUAUGUGAUAAAAGAUGACCAAGGCAACAAGAUUACCACUAAUUCUAUUGAAAGUGUUUGA